AUGGCUUCCUCCCUGUGGAUGGCGUUGGAUGAUGGAGGGCAGCAGCGGAGCGGCAUAGCUACGAGGAGUGGUGGAGGGCACAAUGGUCGUGGUGAAAUCUGGCGAAUCCUACGCGAAAAGUAUGCAAAAAAUGUUGGAGAUCAGAUAUCUGAAACAAUCACGCUGAAAGUAUUAGAUGGUGAAACAUACGACAUUGAGGUGACCAAGAAGAAUAAUGAGCUACUCCUCUGUUUUGGAUGGGUUGCAUUUGCCAAUGCUUAUGAACUGGAGCAGGCUGAAGAUGACGACGUGAAGGAACCCUUGAAUUCAGUUGGUUUCCAGAAGUCUUGGUUAGUGUUUCCAAUGGGUUGCAACAUGAACAGUGAGCAAAGGGCUAAAAUCGAUGCCCUGGAGCAGAAAAUAAGACCUCAAAUUCCAUUGUACAUCACAACGAUGGACAUGACAAGUGUGUCUAGUGGAAUUCUGGCCAUAUCUAAGGAUUAUGCUGUCAAACACCUUUUGGACAAAAAUGGAACUAUUACUCUUUCUCAGCUUAAUGGUAGCAAGACAUGGGCAAUCACUUUGGACAUUAACACUGUUGGUUGGUAUGCUCGUUCUACUGGCUGGUUGGACUUCAUUUGCAACAAUGGUUUGAAAGAAGGUGAUAUCUGCAUAUUUGAACCAUCAAAAGGCAAAAGUAGAGUCACCUUGAUAUUUCAUCCUCUUGAGGAAACCCACCACCCAAAGUCGGCAGGAUAUGUCCCUUCCUCCAGAAGUCCUCCACAUGAAGCUACUGAGCCUGGAUACAUUGUACCACGAUUCACUGUUCUAAACAAUGAGCAGAUGUAUAAAAUAAAAAACAAAGUUCAAGCUAUUGGAUCUCCGUAUUCUGUUUUUGUACGCAUCAUGAAACCUGGCGAUGUUACUCCAAACAAUUGCAUUAUGAGAUUCUGUUCAGCGUAUGAUAAAAAAUACCUUCAACGUGGGCAAGACACUAUGAGCCUCAUAUAUCCCAACAAGACUCACACAUGGGAGGCUGAAAUCAAGAUCAGUAACAACAGCUGA